AUGCCUGAAAUAUCUCUAAUCGUUCCGAUAGAAACCAUUCACUUCAAUGAUUCCUAUAUGAACUUCAAGUAUCAAUUCAACGAGUUUCCAACUUUUUUGGCAAUAAUUCCGUGGCUUUAUAUGAUUCCGACAUUUCUUGUGAUCUAUAAAAUAUUUUUAAUCUAUUCAAAAACCAAUUGGGAACAACUGGAACCGGGCAAAAAUAAACAUGUAUUUUUAACUCUUUCUUUAUCACUCAUAUUUAGUUAUUUAUUUUUCUUCUUUGAUUAUUUAAAUAUUCGCUUUCCAGCAACUGGAUUAUUUACUUCUUUUUGUGCUAAUAUUGAACCUAAUCAUUGGCUAAAGCUUAUCAUAUUCUUCUCAUUUUACUUCAAUUAUUCUGCAAUGAUUUUUCCAUGCCUUUUGCCUAUUGUGCGUUUAAUUAUAUUAACAUUUCCAAAAGACCAUGAUAGAAUUAACACGAUCAUAAUGCGAGUAGCCAUACCAUUUGCCAUUGUUUAUCCAAUAUUUUCAACAUUCUUUUUAAUCCCAGCAAUUGGAACAUGUAAGCAAUUAGAAUAUCCAUACCCAUUUGGAGCAAUUUGGACUUAUUAUUCUGGUGCAAUCUUUGGGUUCCGAAAUUCCACAUUUUAUUUGGUGAAUACUGUUAUAUGGGUUACUUUAGCAACCAUCGCAAAUAUAAUGCUAUUUUUCAAAAUAACAAAAGCAAGGGAACGGCUGAUAACAGUUCAAACAAGUGGGAUAUCACAUCGAGCACAAGUUUCAAUUACAAGAACCACAAUAGCAAUGAUUGCAUUUUAUGUGACAAAUGGAAUGUUUAUUUUGAACUACUUUAUGUUCUAUGGUACAAGCUCAACAAUGGCAUAUAGCAUCGUUCUUCGACCAUUCGGAAAUGAUCUCCAAAUAUGUAUGAUCGCAUGGAUUCUAUUUCUGACUCAUCCAGUUUUUAAGAAAACAAUUGUUAACCCAGAAGCAUCUAUUGAACGAAUAGAGCCAAUAAGGGAAUUAUCAAACUGA